GAGGAGCAAGGCGGAGACACGGAAGCGGCCAUUGUUCCUCCCGCAAGCGACGGGGCGAAGAGGGUUCUCCGCCAGCGCAGCCGGGGACAUGCCUGCGGGGAAGGCUUUCCGUCGGAGGAAGGUGGACUCUGACGAGGAUGACGAAGAUGCGCAGGUCACCGAGGAGGUCCGGUGGGUGCUGGGGGAGUGCACGACACACACACCCCACCUUAGUUAAACUUCGGGGGGAGUGCGGUUAGAAAGUGGUUUGGGGGUCGGGUUCUCUUGCAAAGUGGUAGAUACGUUUAUUUUAAUGACGACUGUUGUUGUUGUCCUCCAAAAAGCUCCAGGAAAGGUUGAUGGUUCACUUUCCUUCCUCCGUGCUGUAUUGUACCUUCACAGCAGCUUUGUAAAGUAGGUUAGGCUGAGAGAUUGGCCCAGCUUCAUAAAGUAAGCCCUUCAUAGACUGAUCAGGAUCUGUUCUCUCUCCCUGGUUUAAUUAACCACUACAUAGAAUGGGAAAAACCAGAGAUCUGUUCAAGAAAAUUGGGAUAUAUGAAAGGAACAUUUGGUACAAAGAUUACCAUAAUAAAAGACAAAAGUGGAAAGGACCUAACAGAAGCAGAAGACAUCAAGAAGAGGUGGCAAGAAUACACAGAGGAACUAUACCAGAAAGAAAUGGAUGUCUCAUAUACCCCAGGUGGUGUGGUUGCUGACCUUGAGCCAGACAUCCUGGAGAGUGAAGUCAAAUGGACCUUAGAAAGCAUUGCUAAUAACAAGGCCAGUGGAAGUGAUGAUAUUCCAGCUUAACUAUUUAAAAUUUUAAAAGAUGAUGCUGUCAAUGUGCUACACUCAAUAUGCCAGCAAAUUUGGAAAACUCAGCAGUGGCCAGAGGAUUGGAGAAGAUCAGUCUACAUCCCAAUCCCAAAGAAGGGAAGUGCCAUAGAAUGCUCCAACUACCGCACAAUUGCACUCAUUUCACACGCUAGCAAGAUUAUGCUUAAAAUUCUACAAGGCAGGCUUAAGCAGUAUGUGGACUGAGAACUCCCAGAAGUGCAAGCUGGAUUUAGAAGAGGCAGAGGAACCAGAGACCAAAUUGCAAACAUGCGCUGGAUUAUGGAGAAAGCUAGAGAGUUCCAGAAAGACAUCUACUUCCGCUUCAUUGACUAUGCAAAAGCCUUUGACUGUGUCGACCACAGCAAACUAUGGCAAGUUCUUAAAGAAAUGGGAGUGCCUGAUCACCUCAUCUGUCUCCUGAGAAAUCUCUAUUUGGGACAAGAAGCUACAGUUAGAACUGGAUAUGGAACAACUGAUUGGUUCAAAAUUGGGAAAGGAGUACGGCAAGGUUGUAUAUUGUCCCCCUGCUUAUUUAACUUAUAUGCAGAAUUCAUCAUUCGAAAGGCUGGGCUGGAUGAAUCCCAAGCCGGAAUUAAGAUCGCCGGAAGAAAUAUCAACAACCUCAGAUAUGCAGAUGACACAACCUUGAUGGCAGAAAGUGAGGAGGAACUAAAGAACCUUUUAAUGAGGGUGAAAGAGGAGAGCACAAAAUAUGGUCUGAAGCUCAACAUCAAAAAAACUAAGAUCAUGGCCACUGGUCCCAUCACCUCCUGGCAAAUAGAAGGGGAAGAAAUGGAGGCAGUGAGAGAUUUUACUUUCUUGGGCUCCAUGAUCACUGCAGAUGGUGACAGCAGUCACGAAAUUAAAAGACGCCUGCUUCUUGGGAGAAAGGCGAUGGCAAACCUAGACAGGAUCAUUAAAAGCAGAGAUAUCACCUUACCAACAAAGGUCCGUGUAGUUAAAGCCAUGGUUUUCCCAGUAGUGAUGUAUGGAAGUGAGAGCUGGACCAUAAAGAAGGCUGAUCGCCGAAGAAUUGAUGCUAUUGAAUUAUGGUGCUGGAGGAGACUCUUGAGAGUCCCAUGGACUGCAAGAAGAUCAAACCCAUCCAUUCUGAAGGAAAUCGGCCCUGAGUGCUCACUGGAAGGACAGAUCGUGAAGCUGAGGCUCCAGUACUUUGGCCACCUCAUGAGAAGAGAAGACUCCCUGGAAAAGACCCUAAUGCUGGGAAGGAUGGAGGGCACAAGGAGAAGGGGACGACAGAGAACGAGAUGGUUGGACAGUGUUCUCGAAGCUACAAACAUGAGUCUGACCAAACUGCGGGAGGUAGUGCAAGAUAGGAGUGCCUGGCGUGCUCUGGUCCAUGGGGUCACGAAGAGUCGGACACGACUAAACGACUAAACAACAACAACAUCACACUGGCUCUUAGUAGAAGAGAUAUAUUUUUCUAUAUAUUUUUCUACAGCAGGGGCAGGGGGCAACAUGUCCUUGAAAUUUUCUCCUGGUACCUGUGAAGCUUCUGAGUCUGCCCCUCCAGCUUCCUUGGACAUCAGCUGGUGCGGGUGGUUACCUUUUUCCCUUUGUAUUAUUUGUAUGCUGCUUUUCCACCCACACACACAAAAAAGCAUGCUCACUGUGGCUUACAACAAAGAAACGGGUGCAUUUCAAACAUACACUACAAAAACAAUUUCAUAAUAACAUACCAAAACCAUGGGCUGGGAAAUGGUUGCUGUGUAGCAGGGCCUGCUGUGGUCCUGCCUUGUACCAGCUAGGCUGAACUUGCCCUAGAUGAAAACCUGGGACACUCCUUUCUAGGGUCUGCCCUGCACAGUAACAGGUGUGAGCAUUCUAGCAGCAGCUUGAUGGUCAUGUAUGAUACUGCAUACAGAUCUGUUACAACAUGCAGAGAAAACCCAGACUGUGUUCUGUACUGUCACUGACAGACUUAGAUAUGGCAAUAUCUGAAUUGAAAGACAGGCAUAGGCCAUAGGUUCAGGUUUAGGGGUAAGUUGCCCAGUUUAAUCCUUUUUAACUUUGGUAGACUUAGUCGUAGAUUUGCAAAAUUCACUUGUUAUGCUGAUUAAGCUUUGCCCCUGUUUCAGAUUGCCUCUGGGGAACAUAUUAUUCAAUAUUACCAAUUUAUUCAAUACUGCCUAUUUAUUAUACUGAAGAAAUUAUUUGGAAUAUGCAAAUAGAUUUGAGGAGGAAUGUGAGCCCUUCAAAGUGUUUUUGGAAUUUGAAACAGAAUUAAAAUUGGUAAUCCUUUAAAAAAAACCAAAACCAAAAUAUAAUAAUAUACCAAAACCCACAUUUCAGUACUAUAAAUAUAAUAAGAUUACUUAAAACAACAUGCAGCAUCCAAUAGCAUCAAUAACAAGGGAGCUUCACAGUUUCACCUUAGUCCUAGAACCACCCUUCCCAUGAUGUUGCUCACAGUCCCCUUUCCUGCAACAGCUUCUUAUAAGGCUUCCAAGGGCAAAGGGGGGGGCAGCUGGAAACACCCCUCCCAUGAUAUCGCUCCAUAGAGCGGAGGGCAGAAGUAAGGAAGAGAAAUAGAGCUAAAGGGGGAAGAGUGUUUAAUUCUACUGAAUCUUAACUUUUAUCCAGACCCCUUGGGAAAGUGAUGUGUGCAUGAGUACACGUUUUCUGUCUCUCGUGAGGGUGGGGACUUGUCUGGAAGAGACAAGUGCCUGGGGUAGUGAGGGCUCACAACACAUUAUCAAAAAUUCAAAUGUGCCCAUAGGCUCAAAAAUGUUGAUAAUUCCCAAGGAAUAAUUUAUUUCAUUUUGAUUUAAUAUUUAUGUGCUUUUUCCAGCAGCAGCGUAUCUAGAGAGGGUGGGCGGCAGGGCACACUGGGCACCACUUGCCCAGGGGGCAGCACUUACUGCUGGGCCUGCAACGCACCUGAGCCACGCAUCUCUCCUAGGAGUGACAAGGUGGCUCUGGUGCCUGCAGUCACCACACCACCGGAAAGGGUAAUGUGUGGCUCGUGGCCACUGGCUGCCUCCCCCACAGCCACCCUGCAGCUGAGGGGGAGGUGGCUGGCAGACUCCUGCAACCACCACACCACUUGAAAAUGGUUUCCCAUACUAUUGUGUGUUUAUGUGUUGUGUCUCCCCACCCCCACCCCUGCAGGCUAAAACUAGAGGAAGCAAAAGAAGUGCAGAGUCUAAGGAGGAGGCCAAAUGGAGUGAGGUAAGUGGUGUCCAGGAGUUCUUCUAACUGUAAAGAUCCUCAGACUUCAGAGACACUGUGGCCAUGGAUGUCUUUGAUCUGUUGUGGGACAUUGACUUCCUAAGAAGCUCAGGUUUUUUCCCUGGGGAUUAAUUUGCUUUUGAAAAGUUUCAUGUACCCAUGAUUGCAAAACUAAUUUUUGGCCAUGCUUGCUGGGGCUGAUGUGAGUUGUCUGGAAGAAGUAGCUCGCAUAUUCUCUCACAACGACUCUGCAGCAUAGAUCGGACAGAGAAUGAGUGACCGGCCUGAGGUCACCCAGUUUCAUGGCUGCGUGAGGAUUGGAACCCAAGCCUUUACCCAACCUGGUGCCCUCCAGAUGUUUUGGACUACAGAUCUCAUCCGUUCCAAUAUCAUAUGAUUGUGUUGACUAGGGCUAAUGGAAGUUGUAGUCCAAAAACAUCUGGAGGCCAUCAGGUUAAGGAAAGUUACUCUAACCAGUGCUCCUACACCACACUGGCUCUGAAUACUGUUCAUUCAGGUGCCACCUGUUGCUGCAGAUUGCCAUGCAUUGUCAAACCUGAGAGCACACUGGGAGCAUUGCCGCUGAAUGACUUGAAUUUCUUUUGUGUAUUUGAAGUGCGGCUGCUCUACUUGUGGGGGAGAAAUUACAAGAAGAAACCACCCUGGCGGUAAGAUUGAACUUUUCUCAUUUAUCUUACCUAGAUAGAACCGUAAAAAAAAAAAAAAGAAUUCAAGAUCCUUAGGCACAGUUCAUCACCUUUUCUUCUUUUCCCCCUUUGCCUGUCCUAAACAAGGCUGACAGGAACGUUUCAGAUUCCUAGCUAAUGGUGUCACGUUUUCUCUGCACAUUAUUGACAAGGGCUCUGUUUGAUCUGCUUUAGCAGUUCUUAUGGGAUCCAGUUGACCUCAGCAAAGUUAGGACUUCAUUACUUACAAAUAGAUUGCCUUAAAUUUUGUUUUAGAUGUGAAUGUGAUCUUAUACAGUGGAACCUUCGUUCUCAAACGGCCUAGUUGCCGAACAAAUCGGCUCCCAAACACCGUAAACCCAGAAGUAAGUGCUCCUGCAGCCAAUUGGAAGCUGUUCCUUGGUUUUCGAACAGUUUCAGGAGUUGAACGGAACAGAUUAAGUUCAAGAACCAAAGUACCACUGUAUUAAACUUGAUCGCUUUUAUUCCGCUUCUGUUGUGUGUGAUAGAUGGAUACCAUAUGAAAGAAAGUAGGGUGAGUUAAAUAUGUGUGUUGUUAUCAGCUCGACCCCUAGUAAGUGCAGAACUGUUACAGAAUUCUUUACCCUUAAAUAAACAUUCAUAGAAGUACAGCCUUACAGUGCAAUCCUGACUGGGUCUACGCAGAAGUAAUUCAGUAGGACUUAAUCCAAGGGAAGUGAAUAUGUAUGAUUGCAGCUAUUCUGUGUACACCCAUCUGAGAGUGAGACCUAUCGAGCACAGCAAGACCAACUUCUUAGAAAACAUGCCCUAUGACAUUUGUGUGAUGGAAAUGUAGCCCAAUGAUGUAUUCCUCUGGCCCCACCCACCACUGGAACGUGUCCCCCAUGAAGGGAUACAGCCCUCCGGCUGGAAAAAAAAUCCCCACCUCUGUUAUACUGCAAUAAGUAGGAUCAGAUCAUGGACUGUCUUCCUUCCUCUUCCCACCAGGAUGAUCCCUUUAAAAUAAAGACCGGUGGAAUGGUGGACAUGAAGAAACUGAAAGAACGGGGCAAGGAGAGGUAUGGAGAAACAUUCCAUACUCAGAUAAUAAACAAAGAAUACUCCCACCCAAUAAUUAGCAGAUAAACAACUAUUUCCCCCCUUUAACCACCCCACCCCACCCAAAAAUAUGUUAUCAGACUAGGUGUUGCAAAUCAUUGGUGAAUGGGUCCAGCAUCCUCCUCCAGGGAUGGUCCAGCAUCUCUCCUCUCCCUUUGGGGGAAGUAGCAGCAAGGAAAAGCAGGAAGACUGUAGCAAAAGUUCUACCUGCUUUCCUGUUGGUAUAGCUACUGCUAGCACUGGUAUCAAUCUAUCACCCAGGACCAGUAUGGGGGGCGGAGGAAACCGCAAUGACAGCUUCACUCAGCAGUAUAUUGUUGGUGAUACCAUCACCACUCUUGAGUCCCUCUGUCUCUAGUGCCCAGUGUGCUGAGGAAGAAAAAAUCUAGCCAGGAGCUAGAGGCAGAGGGAUUCAAGUGGCAGCAGUUUCUCCAGUGAUAUACUGCUGGUGAAACUUCCAUUGCACUCUGCCCAGGCAGAGGGAGAAACAAGCUGCAUCGCCGAUACAUCUUGUUCCUCCCUCCACUUCUUUAAACUGUUUGGCUAAUGAACAUGCUGCUGCCGUCCCCUCAGCAAAGCAGUUCUAUGGAACUCCCAACCCACCACCAGCUCGCAGGAGCCAGCGGUGGCAUAGGGGCUCCAUUAAAGUUCUCCCCCUCUACAGCUGAGAGAGCCCCUACCUUGCUCCUCCUUGCAUGCGAGUAGGAGCAAGAACGGGGCUGCUCAGCUGGGAAGUGCAAAGCCUGCCCUUCCCUGGUGAUAGAGCCCGGCCCCGCUCCUGCUUGCACUCAAGUAGGAACGGGAUUGAGGCUGCAGGCUUGGUUUGGCUACCGCCAGGCUGACUUCAUCUGGGAGGGGGUGCUACACCUUUCCUCCCAGAAAGACAGAGCCCACCCUCUUGGUGGAAGGCAGUCAGGUGGUGUAAGGAUUCUUUGAUGCUGCUUGCAGGCCCAGCACUUGCCAGCAGCCCCUCUCCGCAAGUUGCAGUUAGGGUGGCUUCGCACCUUGCACCUUGCAGACUUUGCCCAGGAGGGUGGACUGCAUCUUUCCUCCUGGGGUGAACAACCCCCAGAGGAAAGAGGCAGUGCACCCACACAGGCUAAGGCUAAGGCAGUCAAAAGCACAAAACCUGAAACGCACUCACCCACCCCCCACACCAGCAAAGGCGGAGGCAGCCUGGCCAAGGAGCCCCAGGGUCCUUGCUGUUUAGGCACGAGUGGCAGGGACACUGGAGCUGGCUCCGCUGGGGGCAGGCACCCUCCCGCCCCCAGCAGAGCCUGGCCAAGGAGCUCUGAUUCCCCUGCUGGUCAUGCACAAAUGGCAGGGGACUCUGGGCUCACUUAGCUGGGGGCAGGAGGCUUUCCGCAGCCCCAGCUGAGCAGCAGGCUGGAGCCAGCUGUAUUGGCCACAGCCCACAAGGCACCAAGGUGUAAGUGCCUCAGCUCCCAUGGUGAGAGCUGCAGCAGGUUCACCCGGCACCUCGCCGACUGGGGCCUGUGCAGCUUUUUACAACAUCACAAUUUAUCGCCAAACCACGAUGUUUGGCUGGUGAUACACUGUGAUGUUGAAAACCCAACAUCACCCAGCCCUAGCUACUGCUCUCCUGCUGCUGGUGGUGUUGGCCACCACAGCAUCUUUUGGGGGUGAAUUUCACAGUUUAAUUAUGCACUAUGUAAAUAAGUGCAUUCUUUUGUCCCAUCUUCCAGCAUUCAGCUUCACUGGAUGGCCCCAAAUUCUUGUAUUACUGGAGAAGGUGGAAACAGUUCUCUAUCUGUCAAAAUCAAUGAAACUUUAAAAUGCUUAUCUUUGACUACAUCAGAAUUGUGGUGUGGUAUACAUUUGCUAGCUCAAGCUGUAGUUUAGAGCAAACUAUGGUUUGGCUUAACAUCUCAAAUGAGACAUUGACAUUUUAACAAAUUAUUUGUUACUGGUUAAAAUAGCUCCCCACCUCCCUGUCUCUUUUUUCCAGGAUCAGCGAAGAAGAGGACCUCAACCUUGGGACUUCUUUUUCUGCAGAGACCAACAGGAGGGAUGAAGAUGCUGAUAUGUAAGAAUCUUGUCACAUCCUGUUUAGUACAUCCUGUUUAGUACAUCCAGGAGUAAGGACUCCUUUAUUGUCCAUAGUUCACACUUAUCAUUCCUACCCUCCAUAUGUUCCUGUUGGCACUUCCUAUUGUUCUGUGCUUAAGAACAUAAGAAGAGCUUGACUGCUGGAUGAUUCCAAAGCCCACCUCAAUCCAACAUCUUGUUUUGUACAAUGGCCAAUCAGAUACCUUCCAGAAGCCCACAAGAAGGGCAAAAGACCAAUAGCCCACGCAUAUCAUUUUUUGUCAUCGUCCCUCCAUCCCACCCCAGCAAUUGGUCUUCAGUGGUACAAGUAGGAUCUGCAAUAAAAUACUGCCAAAAAUCAAUCUGGGCCCAGAGUCAGCCCAGUGACAUUGGGCAGUCAGUAAGCCCAUGGGAGGACCCUACCACCUACUCUGCUGCCAACCAAAAAUGCUGACCACAGCCUGCCACCAAGGCCCUGCGUGAAGGCCUGGUGUUCUGACACCUGAAACUUAGCAGGGAUGUGCAGCCCCACAUAGACUGAGUGUGUUCUUGACUCCUGCUCUUCUGACUCCCUGUUCAGGAUGAAGUACAUUGAAACUGAGCUGAAGAAAAGGAAGGGAAUUGUGGAAAAUGAGGAGCAGAAAGUGAAGCAGAAGAAUGCCGAAGACUGUCUGUAUGAGCUGCCUGAGAGCAUUCGGGUCUCUUCAGCUAAGAAGACUGAGGAGAUGCUGUCCAAUCAGAUGCUGAGCGGCAUUCCAGAGGUGGACCUUGGAAUUGAGUAGGUGACUUGGGUGGUACUUGUUUAUUUCAAGCAUUUUUACCCUUAAAAAAGGCUCUCAGAGCGGCCUCAAAUAUUGUAACAAGACAGUCUCAGAGCAAUCCAUAAGCUCAACAAAAUAGCCAUCAAAUGGACUUGCCUGAUUUAGGAACUUCAUGCAAAAUUCCAAGCUGGUGAGAAGUUUUAGGCAUGUAGUCUGUCUGGAGGUUCCACUGCGUCAAAGGCCUAAAAGAGAAUCCCCAGUGGCCUUCACCCAUUAAUAAGCCAGGUUUUGUUUCCUAGCUGAAUAGGGGUCUCCUAACAAAUUUUCAGCACCCUGAACAAACUACAGCUCCCAGGAUUCUUUGGGAAAGCCAUGUCUCCUUAAAGGGGUAUGAUAGUGCUUUAUGUGUAUAGUGCUGGUCUUGCUUGGGUUGCCUUUCCCCACCAAAUCUGGGGUGAUCGUCUCUACUUUGUAUGAAGAGAACCUCAUAUACAUAUAUUUCUUUUCCUUUCAGAGCUAAGAUCAAAAACAUCAUUUCCACCGAGGAGGCCAAAGCACGAUUGCUGGCUGAGCAGCAGAACAAAAAGAAAGACAGCGAAACCUCCUUUGUCCCAACAAACAUGGCUGUCAACUACGUCCAGCACAACAGAUGUGAGUCUCGGGCAUGGCUGUGUUGCCCUCUUUGCAUAAGGGCCUGUUGGGCAGAUGCUGAUCCAAACACUGGUCUAGUCCUCUUUGCCUGUGCUUUGGACAACCUGUUCUUUUUGAGGGACUGCAGAGCAUAGGUAUUGCAUCUUCAGCAUUACCACCAUCAUUUCUAUACAGCUUCAUAUUCACUGUUUUCAGAACUUGGUAAAAAAUAUUGGCUCAAAUCACAGAAAGCACUGUAUUCUCAGAACAGAUGUUUAAGUGCUUCUGGAAAUGCUUUCAUCCCUGAUGUAAACGAAAGUACUGGUUCAGACAUAAUGCUAAACCCUGGCUUGGAGCUAUGUAAAUGAGCCUUUAAGGACCUUAUGGUCCGCCAGGUACCCUUUCCUCGUUCGUUCUUCCUUCCUUCAUGCAUCAUGAUUCCCUCCCUUCCUGGUUUCAAAAUUGUAGUGUGCUGCUCUGACUGAACUAGGUUUGCACUUACCCAUCACACCAGGAUUGGAAACCAUGGUUUCAAGAACAAGGCAAUCCAUAGUUGCUGGUUCAGAUGCCAUGGCAAACUGUGGUUUGAUGAAACCAGGACAAAAAUCUGAAUUGAAGCAAACCAAAUGCAGAGAAGAGAAGGAACCUUGGAACCCCAAAGACAUAAAAGGCUCAUUCUCAAAGCCCAAUACUAUGAUUUGGUGCUGCAUCUGAAUUGAACCAUUGUCUUAAACUCUGCUGCCCUGCAUUAUUGUAAUAUUCUGAAUCUUUCCAGUUUAUCAUGAAGAGCUGAAUGCACCAGUACGGAGAAACAAAGAAGAACCCAAAGCCCGUCCCCUCAGGGUGGGAGAUACCGAGAAACCAGAACCUGAGAGUAAGUUCCUGCAAAACAUCAGUGUGUGGAUAUCUGGAAUGCCUGUGUGUGUCCACAGCUUGCAUACAUAAGCUGCCUUUGUCUUCUGACUCUCAGCUCUGAUGCGGUUAACAUGCAGGUGGGGCAUGAAUCUUAGAGGGUCCACUCACAGUGGAUGGAUCCAUUAAAAAUUAACGACCAUGACAAAGUUAGGUCCAUUAAUUUCAGUGGAUCUAAUCUGAACAAAACUUAAAUACCAUUCAGAGGCUUAACUAUAUAUGGCCUUCAUGCAGGUAGUCUGCCACUGAGCUGCAUCCCUUCUCCAUGCCUACGCUGCUGUAUUUCUCCUGCUCCAGGAAAUAUGUUCUUAUAUUCUCUUUCAUAAUAAUAAUUAGUUCCCAGCAUAAUAAUUACUUGUAGUGUUGGGGAUUCAGAAAUAAAACCUGUAGAUUCUCUUUAGCUAUCCUGGCUAAUUUGGUAGACCUUUCCUACCACUGAGAGACAUAUCCUCCACCAAGGAAAAUGGAACCCUUCAUAGCAGCAUGGACCAUUUAUUUAUUUAUUUAGCUUUGUCUAUUUUACCCCUGAAUGACAAGUUGAAAUUUGUUCCUCUAUGCAACUGUUUAAAAAUAUAUAGGAGCCCCUGCCUCUUUUUUGCUUGUGGGCACCCUAAAGGGAAAAAAAAAUAGGCAUAUAUGAUGUUUCCCAUUUUUUAAAACAAACAAACAACAAGUUACAUUUGGGACUAAUUCUGGAUUAGGUCUGGAAAGGUUGAAGGCGUCACAUAGGCUUUUAUCUAGAUCUCAUCGCUUAUCAUCUCUUUAUAAAAGUUUAUUUAAUUAAGGUUCCCUCUUUCUUUAUAACAUAGGGUCCCCACCAAAUCGCAAACGCCCCCCAAAUGAGAAGGCAACCGACGACUAUCACUAUGAGAAGUUCAAGAAGAUGAACCGGCGGUACUGAAGCUGGCUUUUCCGGAACACAAAAAUUCCUCUUCAGAUAUUAAGGGCAAAUACACAGGGGACUUUGAGAAGGUGGGGGUUCACUUAGAAUCAUCCCUGCAACUGGGAACUAUUUUUGUAAACAGCUUUGUUUUUGUUUGUUUUUUGUUUUUUGCACUCAAGCAGUGUUUUAUGAAAUAAAAUAAAUAAAAUCAACUCUUGAUAAAAGGUGGGGUAUAAAUAAAUGAUAAUAAUAAUUACAGUGGAAUCUCAAGCAAAGGGAAGAUUCUAAGUGCAUUUACCUAAGCCAUGGGUAGACAUACUAAGGCCCGGGGGCCAGAUCCGGCCCAAUCGCCUUCUAAAUCUGGCCCACGGACGGUCCGGGAAUCAGCAUGUUUUUACAUGAGUAGAAUGGGUUCUUUUAUUUAAAAUGCAUCUCUGGGUUAUUUGUGGGGCAUAGGAAUUCAUUCAUUCCCCCCCCCCCAAAAAAAUAUAGUCCGGCCCCCCACAAGGCCUGAGAGACAAUGGACUGCCCCCCUGCUGACCCCUGACCUAAGCCUACUUAAAUACCCCCUCCCUGCUAAAUAUGGGAAUGUUUGAUAUCAAGCUAGCACAUGGAGUGGAGUGGGGGGGACAGAUCUGAGAUGCAACUUGAGUGCAUAUGGGAUGUGCCCAAUCUCCCUUCCCCUCAUUAGGCCACACCCCAAAAGCUUGAUUAAAGUUGCUGAAAGAGUAGAUUGUCUGGAUGUUGGCAGCUUCCAUUGUCCGAAGGAAGAAGUGUAAAUAGCUCUCUGCAAGUGUGAAUAUUCCUUAUGACUUCUGGGUGAAGAAGAGUAGAAGAGUUUGGAUUUGAUAUCCCACUUCAUCACUGCCCUAAGGAGUCUCAAAGCGGCUAGCAAUCUCCUUGCCCCUCCUCCCCCCACAACAAACACUCUGUGAGGUGAAUGAGGCUGAGAGACUUCAGGGAAGUGUGACUGGCCCAAGGUCACCCAGCAACUGCAUGCGGAGGAGUGGGGACGCGAACCCGGUUCACCAGAUUACGAGUCCCCCGCUCUUAACCACUACACUACCCUGGUGUUAGUUCUGCCCAAGCAUCCUCCAUAGGCCUACUUAUACAGCAGUUCCUGAUUUGCCCUUCUCAUGUUUAUAAUGUGUGUGUGUUUUCAAUAAUAAAACUUUCUAUUUUAAAACAC